CGAUUUUGUAAACGGUAUGAAGCAGAAGGCUCUGGAGGUGGGCAACUGUCAACAAUGGUGUGUCAUGGUUUCUGUACAACCUUACGGAUGUGUUUUUUGAAAUAUAACAAGAAUGCCCAUUCAGGCACCACAGUGGACGGAGUUUCUGUCAUGUCCGGUCUGUUGUAAUGAGUUUGAUGCAACACUCCGAAGUCCUGUCAGCUUGGCUUGUGCACACACCGUCUGUAAAACUUGUCUUGUCAAUUUGCAUCGCAAGCAAUGCCCGUUCGAUCAGACACCUAUCACAACGGAACUAGAGAAGUUGCCAGUAAACACGGCGCUGCUGCAACUGGUCGGCUCCUCGGUGACCAACUGCGAGAGUCCUCCACCCAGCCACCUUGGCAAGGACGACACCCACAGUUAUUUACAGGCCAAGAAAUGUAUCGAGGAACUUGCGCUCUACCUGAAGCCCUUCUCCUCCGGCAGUGGGACUGGAGUGUUGUCUCGGCCUAUGCAGCGCAAGUUGGUAACACUGAUCAACUGCCAAUUAAUGGAGGAAGAGGGGAGGUCCCGUGCGAUGCGUGCCGCACGUUCCCUGGGCGAGAGAACAGUUACCGAACUGAUUUUGCAGCACCAAAACCCGCAGCAGCUGUCGGCCAACCUGUGGGCAGCAGUGCGUGCACGCGGUUGUCAAUUUUUGGGACCAGCAAUGCAAGAGGAGGUGUUGAAGUUGGUCCUGUUGGCACUGGAGGACGGUUCUGCACUUUCUCGGAAGGUCCUGGUUAUGUUUGUAGUGCAGCGGCUUGAGCCACAUUUCCCACAGGCCUCUAAGACCAGUAUAGGUCAUGUGGUCCAGCUGCUGUACAGGGCAUCUUGCUUUAAGGUGUCAAAGAGAGAAGGAGACUCAUCACUCAUGCAGUUAAAGGAAGAGUUCCGUACAUACGAGGCUCUGCGACGUGAACAUGAUGCCCAAAUCGUGCAGAUUGCCACAGAGGCAGGAUUACGCAUUGCACCAGACCAAUGGUCGGCCCUGCUUUACGGAGACACUGCACAUAAGUCCCACAUGCAGAGUAUCAUCGACAAGCUGCAGACACCACAGAGCUUCGCACAGAGUGUGCAAGAGCUGGUGAUAGCACUGCAGCGAACAGGUGACCCUGGCAGCCUCAGCAUCCUGCGCCCCCACUUGGAGUUGUUGGCGGCUAUUGAUCCCAGUCCUGAGUCGUCGGUGUGUAGUUGGCCUGAGGUGUGGCAGGGUGUGGAAGCUGCAAGGCUUGUAGUGGCCGGCCUGGUGGAGUUUAUAAGGGUGCAUGGUGCACGCAAGCCUCCACUGGGCGAGGGAGGAUCACUGGCCACACCACAUGCCCAUAAUGCUAAGUACAAGAUCAGCCUGUGUCGUGACCUCGGACUCCGGGGCACCUGUCCCCGUGGUGUCAACUGCACCUUUGCCCAUUCUGAAGACGAACUCGAGAAGUACCGCUCCAAGAGUCGCAAGGUCGUGGCAAGACCUGGCUGCAAGGAGGAAGAUUUUCUGGCAGACUCACUGUUUAGUCAUGGAGAUGAAGUGAUCUUUAACAGCCAGCAACACAAAGCCUUCAAUAGCAAUACAGGAGUAAGGGUCAAUGAGUUGAACAACAGUUUGUUCCCGAUCAAGAGUCCGGCUCCAGCUCACUCAACUUAUCAGCCUCGACAACAGCAGAUGUUUGCACCCACUCCAGGCACCUACACUCCUGACAUCUACAGUGCUGCACCACACAAUAUGGUGCUGAGCAGUGGCGGACAGUUGUAUGCACCACAGCCUGACUACGGAUCUACUGCCCCGCCACAGACAGACCACCGUCCCAUAGAACCUGCCCACACCCAGGCGUGGCUCUCCCAUCUUCCUCCUCCUCCACCUUCCAAGAUGCAGAGAUACAAUAAUAAGAACUUGAUGUUGUUGCAACAACGGAAACAAGAGAUAGUUACCCAGCUGGAGCGAAAUAAAUGUAACACUCCUCUACGCUCAGAUACGCAAACUUGCACAUCAACAUAUUCCAUGUGGAACUCUGGAGGUAUCCUGCACACAACUUCAGGUCCCAACUCGCAAGUGAGUCUGGCCAGCUCGUAUCGUCCUGUCCUCUACAGAUCUGAUUCUGUGCUGACGGACGAUGAGUUCAUCCCAUUCGAACCACCAAUAGUGAGCAAGUAUGGACCAAUAUCGCGGGCAGCGGCAGCUGCAGCCAAGGCACUGAUGAGGCCCCAGGCUGUUCAGAGCUCAGCAGUGUUUGGUGAGGCUACUAUCUCCACCCCUGGACUCCGUCGACCCGUCCCUGCCCCCAGCCCUGUCGCCCCCGCCUGGCCCCCUCAGUUCAAUGGGUACCAGCAGCAGGCUUUGGUGAGCCCGGCAACUGGCAGUCUCAGUGACUACAUCACCAUCGGCCACGGCAUCAUUGACUCUCCGCAAAUCGUCCACAGGCCUCCCCUCGAGCAGAAUAAAGAGUGUUUAAUCGUUCAGCUGAAGAAUCUAGAGAAGCAAAUAAAUAAAAUUAAGCAGCAGCAGAAGCAAGAAAUCCUUGAAAAAGAGAAAGAAUGGAGAAUAUCCCAGCUGGUUUCGAGUCACGGGGGAGUAGGGGCUCUAGCCUGGAGUAAUGAUGGCUGGUCGAGCACAGGCUAUCACAGUGAUGAUGAGGAUUCUUUUGACAUCGCCCACAACAUGCGGGAGCUGGAACUGACUCUGCAAGGGGAGUUGGAAGAAGACGAUGGGAAAAUGUGGCCACACGUCGAUGAAGCCAACAAGUAACUGUGUAGCGACCACAAAACUCAUGCUAAUAUUACCAUUUUAUCAGUUUUAUUGAUAUUCCUACCGGGUUGAAUUCAAUCUAUUGACUGACGCAUACCCUUGUUCAUUCCUUAGAGCACAAUAACUUUCCUUCAGUCACACUACUUUGAACAGAUUUUUAUCAUCCUUUUUUAGAAAAAGGAACAAUUUUAUACCUAUAUUACUUAUUUCCUAUUGAAAAAUGAAAGAAAUUAGAAGUAGGAAAUUGAGAUUUGUGUAUUUUUAUAACUAGGAUUUGAGUAGUGUAUUUAUAGAUACACAGGAUAUCUGUAUAUUAAUUUUGUACUAAAAUGGAAGUUUCUUAACCCUCUCUAUGUGUCGUGUUUAAUGUCCUGUUGUAUGAUUUAAUUGUCUGAUUUGAGUUAUUUUGUAUUUAAAUGGGUUUAUAUAUACCUUUAGCCAGCAAUCUGAAAAACAUUGCUGUGCUGGCAACAAUUAUAUAAGUUUGAAUAAUUUUAUCAAUCAGACAUAUGAUAUACUAUAAUUUAACACACAUUCUGUACUCUAAGUUCAUGAAUAAAGUCUGUAUUAAUUUGAAAUAGUAAUUACACGUACAUACAUUUUUCAUGUAUAUGACAAAACUAUUUCUUGUUCUUCUCUUGUAUCAAGUAAUAUUAAUUAAAGUGAUUCUUUUUAUGCAAUUAAAAACACAUCACAUUGUUGUGUUCUCAAGAAUGUACUUGCUUGUUUUCAAUCCUUAAAAAAUGUAAUUAGAAUAAUUUUUGAUCAUGGUUUUUGAAUUUAUGUUUAGAAGAAAGUAAAAAGUGUUACUGGCUUUUCCAGUAACGUUAACAUUAAACUUUUAGAGUGUUUAUAGUCUUGGUAUUGUGUAAGGUUGAGUGAGUAUUUAAUAAAAAGAGAGAGGGUUAAGGAUUCCAUAACUUUGUAGUUUAUCAUUUUGGUGCUAAUUAGGUUGGGCCAAGUUAUUUUUAUUAUUCUAUAGAAUUCAAAUUUUGGGUGAAAUGAAUGAUAAUCCAUUAUGAUCAGAUAACAAUAAUCCUUACAGUGCAUUCACUGUACUGUAUCUGUGAAGUUAUUCUGCUCUCGAUGUCCACAUAGUCAUUUGGGCAGUGCCUCUUAUAUUACCGAUACUGAUACUUGUCAGUAGUGCAAUAUUUUGCGAAUAUUCUUGAAAUAAUACGAGCAUGUAUUGUUUUAUUGACUGUUUUUCUUGUUGUCUGUGUUACCUAGUUGUGUUUUCAAUUGUGUCAUUAAUAAUUUAUACCAGCUUGUUUUUGAAAUAUUAUUUAUUGUAUUAUGAAUCAUAAUUAUCAUAUAGUUAAUUGUAUAAUGUUUGCUUGUAUUCAGAGUUUAUAUAAAUUAUCGUAUAUAAUGUUAAGGAUAGUAUUGUUUUGUUGAUAUUGUUUGUAAGUAGUGGAUACUUACUGGAUUGUGGGCCCGAUACCUAAGUGUAUGUUAUUGUUUUUAACUAGCAAUAUCGCAGUAUAUACAUGGAUAUUUGUAUAUAUUAUAUACAGUAUGUGAUUGGUUUGUUACGAUGUCGAUGUGUCCGCCCGGGACGGAACCCUGUGCCAAUCAUGUGUCUUCAAGUGACAGGCCUAGCCUUGUAUCAUAUUACAUGAUGUAACUCUCCGUUUUUGACCCACUUAUAUUUGCAGCUACCUCCUUGGAUAUUUAAUGAGAUUGUGCUAUUCUAAUGGUAUAACCUCAUUGAAUUAGUUGGUUAAAUUCCUACUGUGUGUAUUGAUUUAAUUUCAUCACUAUCCCCUGAAGUUAAUGUUUUUAUGUUCUAAUAAUCUUAUUUGAGUUCACUAUUUCUUUCACAAUUAAAUUAAAUUUUUAAAGUUUGUUUAAAUGUUUCUAAUGUAUUAUUGAAAAUUACACUUUUGAUAUUAAUGUAAAUUAUAUUAAUUAUUGUUGUGAUAUAUUUUGUUUUUUUAAGUUGAAAAUUAAUACUUUAAUUGUAAUUGUGUUAUUCUGUUAAUUGUAAACUUUACAUAUCUUGUAAAUAUUGCAGACUUAUCACCUUAUAUUUUAGACCCAACAUUUUGUGUAAAACAAGUUUUCAACAUUUUGUGUAAAACAAGUUUAUUCUGUAAGUUUCUAUGGAGUAGGCUUACCUUUGCCAAUUUGGAAGAUUAUUACUCAUCUUCUUUACAUACUGACAAUAGCAUCAAUAAUUAACUAAAUAUGUGCAAUGCCAGAUGAGUCUAGAGCUCUAAAAUUAACUCUGUGAAGUUUACAGCUUCAUUCAUGUUUGAGAUAGUUUGUAUGGGAUAAAUCUCGUUUUGAUAGAGAGUUUUAAUAAACACAGUUCUAUUGAAUUUUUGUAUUUAAUGCUAUAUUUUGGUACUAAUUAGAAUGAUCAAUACUAGGGGAAUAUAGGCAGAAAUUAUCAACCCCCUCCCAAUAAUGCAAGUAAGUAUUAAGUACUGGAAUCAGCUUUAGACAGUUCUGUGCUUCCAGUUUUAUCUACUUUAUCAAGUAUCUGCUCUGAUACUAAUUGCAAAUAAAACAAUAACAAUUAUUGAAUCAUCCAUUAUUUGGAACCCAGUAAUACAAUGACACAAUGAAUUAUGUUUAUUUUCAUUAUCACUUGAGUCUUGGUAAACAAACGUAUUGUUCUAAUACUUAACUAAAGAAACAGAAUCAACUAAAAAUAAAUUCUAUAGUUUUUAAAAUUUGCUAAUACAAGUUUAAGUUUAGGGAAAAAAGUAACCCUUAGUAUAAUACAAUUAUUCUUAUUAACAUAUUUUCAUCCCGGAAUAACAAACUUAACUUGCUAUCUCUAAUUUGUACCCAGUUAAUUAUUUGUUAAAUUCAAAAUUAAGUUUUUACCUGUGAAAGGUGAAGUUACAUUACACGCCACAUCAGAUACCCAAAAUAUUCUAAAAGAAGAUACAGUUUUUUGUAAUGCUCAUAAAAUAUGCCAUAUUGAUAACAAGACAAUAAUUUUUUAUGGUGAAAUGUUAAAUAUCCUAAAUAAAAGGUACAUUUCAAAAUUUUACAAAGUUUAAAGUUUGAUGUAUUAAAUCAAGUAGAUAAAUCUUCGGAAAUUGAAAAGUUAAUGUUAUUUCUCGAAUAAUUUAUGUUGAAAAAGUAAUUAUCACUUGCUAGGUUUUUCAAUCACUGUUAAAGGUUACAUUCCCUAUCUAGUAGUCAACUGUGAGGGAAAUAUACAUAAGCUAUGAGUAAGCAGGUAGUUUUUUUGGAAAGCAAUUAAAAUCGAUUUCGAAUGUUAAAUACAAAUUCACACAGUUUUUUUAACCUUAUUAUAGGCAUUUAUUAGAUGUAAAUUAUUAUGUAAUUACUUUUACUUUAAAAACUAAAUGGUUCAUGUAUCACCCUUUUUAUUAUUCAUUUUUAGAUUUUUUUGCCAUUGAUUAAGGGUUUGAAAUAAUUCAGAAUUGUUUCAUUUUACCAUUGAAUUGAGAAGGUUCAUCAGGUGUAUUAAUGAAACAUUAUCUCAGAAGUUUCCCUCAAUGAUAAGUAAUACUUAACUGUGCUAAAUUCAUGGUAUAUAAUUUCAAUUUUGUUUAUAUUUUUGAAAGCAAUGCUUUAUCAAGUGAUGUAUAUAAAACGCCAAUGGUUGGUGUACGGAGGUGGCUGUACAGUAUAAGUGGGCCAGCUUCUAGACUAGUCUACAUAGUUGUAUGCAGUUUAUGUUAUCACAGAUACUGCACUGCAUGAGUCUGACUCACUCUGUCAAAUACUGUACUGAACGUUGCUGUCUAAAUCUAUGUAUUUUUAUAAAAUAGUUUUCUAAACCCAAAUGGACAGAACAAUUCAGAAUGUUUGUAUGGUUUAUUAAUUUUUCCAUAUAGACCUGGAUUUUGGAAGAAGAUGAAUUUCUUCCAGUUUUAUUGGAAGCUGAUGUGCCUCGCUUAUAUCGUAGGGUGUUGUUUUACAAUGUUCGUUUUGGUAGAUUAUUUAAUUUUUUUACUUCCUCAGUGGACAGACACAUGUUUCAAUAGCUGAGUUAAUGUUUCUAAGCCUUCACCAGUUGCUAAGUCGUUUUGUAUUGUAGAUAUUUAUUUUCUUAUUGGCCAUGUAAUCCUGUAGCCCACAUGUUAACUGCAUGUAUAAGUGAUUUUGGGACUUUGUUAUUUUAUACCACAAUUCUCUGUAUUAUAGCCAUGAAAUGUAAGAUUCCUAAAUUUGUCAAGCCUACAAAAAUGUGAGGCUUCAAUUUUAUAUAUUACAUAAUAGUUUGAUUUAUAAAACUAAUUAUAUAAUUAAUAUAACAAUGUUAAUGAAUAGUGGUAUUAUUGGCUUGAUUAAAAAAGUGUACAUUUAAAUACAAAUUAUAAAUUUUGACAAUUCAUUUUAUUAUUUUAAUUAUUUAUUUAGUAGAAAGUUAUGGAUACAGAAUUUGAGCAUUUUGAAAAAUGACUAACAAGAUUUACUAAAAUAUAGUUUUACUUAUUUAUCGCAAUGAUAGUGUAAUCUACUUUAAACUAUUUUUGUAGUAAAAACAACAGUGCCUGCCGUAGGGUAAAUAAAUGGUGUCCAUAAACCUCUCCAAGUAGAUUUAUUAUUUGUAAUAAAUUUAAUUUCAAUUUAGUCACAUAAAACAAUUGAUAUCGGUCACCAAUUGAACAGUUAUAAUAUAAUAUAAAUUAAUCAUCUAUAGUCUGUGUAGAACCGGUCUAUUGUUGUUUUUAAAAGCCUUUUGUGAAAGUUGACACAGUCAGAAUGAUGUAUCUAAAUAGUUGCUAAAUACUUGCUAUGUAAAGGAUUAAUAGACAAGUUGGGAAGUCAAUCAUUUAAGAUAUUUUUUAUGUGAAUUUUUCCUUUUAUGUUGAUGAGUACUUUGUAUUGUUUCACAAAAUUAUAAACGUUGGUAAUUAAAAGUUCGUCACAAAAUAUUAAAAAUUCUGUGAGAAAUGAUGUUGUCUAGACAACCCAGGUCAUUUUGAGGAUUGGUAAACUGCAAGAUAUCCUUAACAGCGAAAAGUUUAUACCUCAGUCCCACAAGUAAUAUAAACCCCAAUUUGAAACAAAGUGAACACAAAAUGUACCACAUUUUUAGUCAAGUCAAUUUUUGGAUAUUUUCUACUGUAAAACUUAUUUAUAGUUAUACACUUUCCUAAUGAUGGAGUAAUUUUGUUUUUUAAAGUCAUAAUCGUGUAUCUUUAGAAUAAUAUUUUAGAUAUUGGAUUUUAUUUUAAAUUAAAUAUUACAUAAUACAUAAUUACUGUGCAUUUUUCUAUCAUGUAUAAAUUUAUGAAUGUGUUGUUUAUAUCGACUUUACAUUAUGUACAUCAUGAAAAAUUGUAAUGUUACAUUUGACUUUGUAAAGAUCGUGUAAUAAUAAUAUCUACAUACAUAUAUAUUUAUUAGUGUUCAUAUUUAGACUGUAAGGUAUAAUUAUAAAUGAUUUUGAUACGUUUCAAACAGCUAUUGAAACAUGUGUGGGCUUGUCACGUGGGAACUGUUAUCGGUUGUCAAUACAAUUUGUAAAUGGAUGAAUAAAACCAAAGUUAAUUUAUGAUAUUCAGUCUAGUUUUAAAAUGUUUGGCACGAAUACAAAGUAUUUUUGUAGAAUAUUUAUGUUCCAUUGGCUCAUUGGAAGAUUUGUGAUGUAAGAUUGCAAGCGUACACAACACUUCACUGUAAAUAAGAUUAUAAUACGGAACACGAUUACAGUUAGUCUAGUGUAUAACAAUCAAAAGUGUAUCUAAAUUGUAAUUGUGUCAGUGUUGCGAUCCGCAGCUGAACCUGUAUCAUAUUACAGUGUUAUACAUAAGGUACAUGUUAAACAUGUUGAUGUCAAUAAUAUAUUUUUAAGUUCUUUUAUUUGGAACUUUUUUAUCAGACUUGCAGUUGUUGGCAAUCUCCGUUUUGGGAGGGUGACAAUGUGUAUUGGCUGGUGAGGUAGCAUCUGUACUCAGGGGAUCAAAUCAGUAUAUGAGCGGCCGAACGCUUGCUGUACGCUUUCAUUAGAGGCUUCCAGUUUUAUUGCAUUUUUUUAUUGUGUCGGUUAAUUUGAUGCGGAUGAAAGCAAUAAUCUGUUUAGAAAAUAGUUACGCUACAUAUGUUGUAUCUUACUCUAAUCAAUUGCCUUAAUAAAAAGUAAUAUUUGAUUUUUGUCUAAUCAGUUAACUGUAACUUGCAGUAAUAAAGUGUUGAAACAUUUUAGUCUCUUGGUGUUCCCUCGAACUCCUGGAGUCCAAUCCUGUGUCUCGUCUUUCUAUCCUAUCUUUUUUUGUGUUUUGUCUGUGUGUUGCGAGCUUGAGGUUUGCCACUUUUUUGGUCUCCAAAGUCAACUAUAUUAAUUAAUAAUAAUAUCUAGUGUGUUAUGUAUACCGAACUCAUGUUGCACAUGUAAUGUUACAACAGAUUAUAUUAAUCACUCGUGUAAUAUUUGGUGGUUAGGGGAGUACAUAUUCUAUUGUAUGAAGGAUAUAACAUUGCAUGGUCAAUGCUAGUUUAUUUUAACACAUGUUGUAAAAUGACUGAUAAAAUGCUCUUAUGCUUA